AUGAUUGGAAGAAAUAUAACUAGCAGGUACUUCAACAUCACAAAACGAUCAAUAAUCUCUAAAAGAUUCUAUAAAGUUUUGGCUAUAGAAUCAUCGUGUGAUGAUUCUUGUGUUGCAUUACUUGAUAAAUAUCACCCUGAUAAACCUCCAAAAGUUAUAGAUCAUGUCAAGAAAACCCUCCAUUCUGCCGACUUGGGAGGAAUAAUGCCCACAGCAGCAUAUUUAUUUCAUUUAUCUACUAUUGCCACUAUGGUUCAAGAAUUCUGUUCAAAACAUAAUCUAUCAUCCAAGAAUCCUCCUGAUUUACUUUGUGUCACACGAGGUCCUGGAAUGGCAGGGUCGUUAAGUACGAGUACUGAGUUCGCUAAGGGACUUUCAGUUGCAUGGGGUAUUCCUUUAGUUGGUGUGCAUCAUAUGUUGGGACAUUUAUUGACUGCAAAACUUCCCAAGACGGAACAACCAGAACUUGGAGCUCCUGAAUAUCCAUUUUUAAGUUUAUUAUGUAGUGGAGGUCAUACUAUGUUAGUAUUACUGAAAUCAUUAACAGAUCAUGAAAUAAUAGUAGAUGGGAUAGAUAUUGCAGUUGGAGAUUCUUUGGAUAAAUGUGCAAGAGAAUUGGGAAUGUAUGGAAAUAUGUUAGGAAAGGAAUUAGAAAAAUAUAUAGAUCUGUUUUCGGAAGAGGAAAAGAAUGAAUUUGCUAAUUUGGAUAUUGAAAAUAGAGAGAAUAAUGAAUAUGAUUUCCAAAUAACUUUACCAUUUGGGAAAUCUAAACGUCCAGGACAUUCAACGGAUUUAUCAUUCUCAUUCGCCCUGUUUCUAAGUUGUAUACAUGGAUAUAAAAUUAGGUUGGAAAAACAGGGGAAAACACUAGAUGAAAAGACAAAAAGGAUGAUUGCAUAUCAAUUACAAGAAAAGGUCUUUGAUCAUAUAAUAGAUCGAGUUAAUGUCGCAUUAAAGAGACACGGGACGGGUUUCCAGAAUACUGGGAAGUUAUUAGGAGUCAAAGAUUUUGUAUGUUCAGGAGGAGUGGCGGCAAAUAGAAGAUUACGUGAGAAGUUAGAAUUGGAUUUAAAGAAUCAAGAGACUUUAGGUAUGAAGGAAAAAUUCACAUUUCAUUUCCCUGAUUUAUCAUUAUGUACCGAUAAUGCAAUUAUGAUCGGUGUUGCAGGAAUAGACAUCUUUGAAGAAUUAAAACUAAAAACGGAUCUUAGAUUUAUUCCAAUACGGAAGUGGCCAUUGGAUAAAUUAAUGAGUGUAGAUAGUUGGAUAAAGGUUGACGAGGAAGAAUAUAAUAGAGUUUGUAAGUAUUAA